CGUAUACAGCAGCUCGCCUAUGGUGGAAACUUGGUUCUAUCUAAACGAUCUCGAGUCACUGACCGGUUGAAAAUUGAAUGCUACCACCAAAUACGAAUACUGAAACAGCUUUCCUGAAACCACGUGCACCAUCCAAACUGGCUUCUUUCAACGUUCGCACACUUAUGCAGGUCGGACAACAGAUAGGGCUGGCUAUGUCUUUAGAAAGUCUUAAUAUCGACGUUUGUUGUCUAUCCGAGACCCAUAUUCAAGACUCUGGUGAAGUACUACAAAUUCACUCUCCAUCUGUCUCUUCAGAGGGCUUGUUUUACGUGCGUUUAUCCAGAGACUUUGUGGCAUCUUCGUCUGGUCUUUCUGGCGUUGGUGUCGCACUAAGCGCUAGAGCUGAGGCAGCACUAAUCGAUUGGAUCCAAUUAACAGUCUGUUAUGUGAUGUUAGAUCAGAAAGUUCCAUUAAAGUGAGAAGAAAUCGGCGUGAGAAACGAUGUCUUUUCGUCAUCUCCGCCUAUGCCCCGACAGAUUGCAGCCCGGAUGCAAUCAAGAAUGAGUUCUACCACCAGUUAACUGUUCUUCUGAAAGUGCGUUCGACAGGUAUUGUAGUACUAGCCGGAGACUUGAAUGUUCAGGUCGGGCGUUAAGGCACAGAAGAGAGUCGUUUAGGUGGCCGAUGGGGAUUUGUUGGUCGCAGGACAGAUAACGGGGAACGUCUACUGAAACUAUGCACAGACCACAACCUGUUUCUGGCUAGCACUAACUUUCAGCACAGUCAUCACCGAUGUGCCACCUGGCGUCCUUCUGCAUCUCAAGCCUGAACUCAGAUUGAUCACAUCGCGAUCAGCUACCGCUGGUGUGGUUGUGUACAAGACUGCCGCUCCUUUUGGAGUACCUAUCUGGACUCUGAUCAUGCCCUGGUCUGCGCC